GGGAACCACCUAUUUGUCCCGUCUCCCAGUCAGAAAGGCAUUUUGGAAAGACUGGCGUGACAAAGGUGUCCCUGAAAUGUCUACAGAGCGCAAGCAGUAAUGAUCACUGAGUGAGUGGCCCUGGGCUGAGCCUGCCCAGUUUGUUAAUGAAAAUGAUGCUAGCAGUUAGGAAGGCAAGAAGGAAACUCAGAAUGGGGACCAUCUGCUCCCCCAACCCCAACGGGACAAAGACAUCAUCGGAGGUCUGCAAUGCCGACUGGAUGGCCUCGCUCCCCCCUCGCCUCCACAACCUUCCCCUUUCCAAUCUGGCAAUCCCAGGCUCCCACGAUUCAUUCAGCUACUGGGUAGAUGAAAAGUCCCCAGUAGGGCCUGACCAAACCCCAACUAUCAAACGCCUUGCCAGGAUCUCCUUGGUGAAGAAGCUGAUGAAGAAAUGGUCUGUGACUCAGAACCUGACAUUCCGAGAACAGCUAGAAGCUGGGAUCCGCUACUUUGACCUGCGUGUGUCUUCCAAACCAGGGGAUGCUGACCAGGAGAUCUACUUCAUCCACGGGCUUUUUGGCAUCAAGGUCCGGGAUGGGCUGAUGGAGAUCGACUCGUUUCUUACACAGCACCCGCAAGAGAUCGUCUUCCUGGAUUUCAACCAUUUCUAUGCCAUGGAUGAGACCCAUCACAAAUGCCUGAUUCUCCGGAUUCAGGAGGCCUUUGGAAACAAGCUGUGCCCGGCAUGCUCUGUGGAAAGCAUGACACUGCGAACCCUGUGGGAAAAGAGGUGCCAGGUUCUUAUUUUCUACCACUGUCCCCUCUACAAGCAAUACCCCUUCCUGUGGCCAGGAAAGAAGAUUCCAGCACCCUGGGCAAACACCACGAGUGUGAGCAAACUAAUCCUCUUCUUGGAGACCACUCUGAGUGAGCGGGCCCCACGCGGCUCCUUCCACGUCUCCCAAGCAAUUCUGACCCCCAGAGUGAAGACCAUUGCCCGAGGCCUGGUUGGUGGCCUCAAGAACACUCUGGUUCAUAGGAAUCUUCCUGCCAUUCUGGACUGGGUAAAAACUCAGAAGCCUGGAUCCAUGGGUGUCAACAUCAUCACAUCUGACUUCGUGGACCUGGUGGACUUUGCCACAACCGUCAUCGAGUUGAAUGACCUCCUACAGGAGGACAGAGCUUUGGCUAAAUGCUGAUUUAAUUUUUUAUUUAACUUAAUGUUGAAUUUGUUGAACAGGGUAGAGUUCUGAAGGGUUUCCUGUUAGGAUGGUCCCUGGGCAGUGAUGGUGAAGUAAGAGGAAGAGGGCUAUUUUUUUUUUUCCCUUCCUCACAGGGCCAUUUGGAUAAAAUUACAAGGCCUUUAAUUGCAUUUUUCCCAAAUGAGACUUUUAAAAAACUUAAGUCCAAGGGAAGAAAGCAUGUUCCAUGUGAUCAAAGUCAGGAUCUCCCCAGUGGCUUAUGGUAGUGAAUGGAAUAUGGAAAUAGGAUCUCCAAGUUCCACUGGAAUAUUGAGUGUCCCCUAAGUGGCCCAGCUCCCUAUUGUCUUCCAGGUGUUGUGUUCGAGCCAGUGAGAAGACCGAACCCGAAACACAUUCCUGGCCAAAAGAAAUGGCUCACUGCAGGUGUGGACUGCCCUGUGGGGUGGCCCUAACACCAACCUUGGGUUCUGAGGAGGGAGGGGACCAAGCACCAGUUCUCCCUAGGAUUGUUGAAUGUCACUACUUCUUCCCUAAGAGAGUAAGGUGUAUUUAUC